AUGAUGUUUACAGGAGUGGUCGAGAAAAAAUGCAAGUUCUCAACAUUAUUAAUGAUCUCGUUCGAGUCAAGUGACCCUUUCAUCGCUCUGUCUAUUAUCGAAUCGAGAUUCAGAAAGCCACAUACACUGGAACACUUAAUCCAUUGUCACCAAAAAGAAAUGAAGAAAUUUCUACACACAUAUAUAUUUCUCUAUAAAUAUCAUUUCAUUGGUUAUUACUAUAGUUUCCAUUAUCCUCCCAUCUCACCUUCCAUUGUACACCUCAUCUACCCAAUUACACCCUACCACUCAUCACCAAAACCAAACAAUAAGCCAAACAAUACCCCAAAAAAAAUACAUAUCCCAAAACAGCCAAUCAAAACCAAACAUUCCAUCAAUACCUCAUCUCAAUCCCACACACCCCCAUUCCCAUCCCCCUCCCUCUUCCAGUCUCCACACCCGUGCACCCGCUGCCAAUCGCACCUACCCAAUCACAACUCCCUUCUUGCUAAUCGACUCUCCAACCUCAACUACCAAACCAUGUUCCGGUUGACCUCCCCCGCCCUUGCGAGAGCCGUGGCUCGUCCCAUGCCAUCCGUCCUCUCCUCCGUGCGUAUGGCCUCCAACGUCGGGCUUCCCUCGAAGGAUUUGACCCCUCGUGAGAUGGAAACAAACUUUCCAUUGAUGUCCCAGAAAACAGCCACUGCACCCAUCGACUAUGCGUUGACGUCUUUGGACGCCAUUGCCAUGUGGGCCAGAAAGUCUUCGUUUUGGCCUGUGACCUUCGGUUUGGCCUGUUGUGCCGUGGAGAUGAUGCAUGUCUCUGCUCCCAGAUACGAUCAGGAUAGAUUGGGUAUUAUUUUCAGAGCUUCUCCUCGUCAGUCGGAUAUCAUGAUUGUUGCUGGUACUUUGACCAACAAAAUGGCCCCUGCUUUGAGACAGGUGUACGAUCAGAUGCCGGAGCCAAGAUGGGUGAUUUCGAUGGGCUCUUGUGCCAACGGUGGUGGAUACUACCACUACUCCUACUCUGUUGUGCGUGGCUGUGACCGUGUUGUUCCUGUGGAUAUCUACGUUCCUGGAUGUCCACCUACUUCGGAGGCUUUGAUGUACGGUGUUUUCCAGUUGCAGAAGAAGAUGAUGAACACCAGAAUCACCCGUUUGUGGUACAGAGAGUAA